AUACCAAGAUUUUCAAGAAAAAUUUUCAAGAUUUUCAAGAAAACCUGUCAAGAUUAAUAUUUUUAAAAGGAUUACUGAUGUACUUCAAUCUUCUUUGGUGGAAAUCUUCAAUUUUUCUAGCUUAAGCUUAUUAAAUCAUGGCCUGCAGACUGAUAUUUGAAUUUGUGGAAUAUGUUAGAAGACGGCUUGGAAUUUCAUCCAUUCUAACAAAUUUCACUUCGGACAUGUUGGCCUGCAGAUCUACAGCUCGAACUCGUUAAGGAAUUAUGGCCACCAUGAAGCUGAUACUUGUCCUUAUGAUGACAACCGUCGUUGCCGUCUGCGCCAUUGACCCCGAGCUCACAACCGACUUCGCCGUCCCAGAAGGAAUGAACGCCUCCAUGAUCACUGGAGAUUUCUUCACAUUCACAGGCCUCAGAGACUUCUCCGCUGCUCCAAGCACCUUCGGCUCCAAGAAGUUUACGCAUGUCGAAUUCUCCGCUCUCACUGGACUCGGCGUCGGUGUGACCCUUCUCGAGUACAAGCCCAAGACUAUGAACCCUCCCCACACUCAUCCCCGUGGAUCAGAGCUCAUAUAUGUCUUGGCUGGACACUUGGACGUCGGCCUCAUCGACUCUGCCAACAAGCUGUACUCCGCCCAUCUCCAUGUGGGUGACUUGUUCGUGUUCCCUCAGGGUCUUGUCCACUUCCAGAUCAACAUGUCCAAGAAGAAGACUGUUCGCGCCAUCUCUGCUUUCGGUAGCUCCAACGCUGGCACCAUUUCCUUGCCCAGGAACAUUUUUGGUCCUGGAAUUGAUGACGAGGUUCACCUCAAGGCUUUCAAGAUCACUUCCGCGGAGUUGAUGAAACUGAAAGCUCCAUUCAUGCCGACCAUGUAGAUUCACAGUUGCAAGAACUGAGGUCUCCAGGAUGAUAUAGUUCGUAGUGCAUGCUCUGUACCUUCUUACACUCAUUUCUGCCCAUUUGCUUGGUGAGAUUAACUUGAGAAAUUCUUUCAUGAAUAGUUGCAGAAAUUAACAGAAGAGGUGUGCUGC